AUGAGCUAUACUUAUAGUAGUAUAGAUCUCAGUAUAUUCAGUAAAUUAGAAAUUCAAAAGGUAGAUAACGAUAUUAAUCAAACACUUACCAACAAUAAUAGCACCUCAGAAAUUGCAAUAGUUGUACCAUUUUAUAACCAUAUAGAUUAUUUAGAUUUUACAAUAAGGUCAUUAAUAGAUCAAACAUUUACCGACUAUAAUGUAAUAAUAGUGGACGAUGCUUCAAGUGAUUGGGGAAUAAAAAAAAAAUUAAAAAAACUAUUUUAUGAUUAUAAUAAUUAUUUGAACUUAACAAUAAUAUUUAAUAAUAAUAAUUAUGGACUGCCAAAAUGUAGAAAUAUAGCAAUAGAAUAUACAAAUUCAAAUUGGAUUUUACCAUUGGAUGCAGAUGAUAUUUUAGAUGAAAGAUUUUUAGAAAAAGCUUUUAAUCAAAUCCAUUCAAUUAAAGAUACAUCUCAAUAUCCAAAUAUUAUAGUGACAUCAAAUGUAUAUCGAUUUAACAAUGACAAGGAAGAUGAUAAAAUAGGGUAUAUAAAUAAAGUUGGUACUUGGAAAAUUCCAAAAUGGGAUUCAAAUAAACUAACCCAAAACAAUUUAUUACAUUGCAGUACAAUGUUUAAGAAAUCUUUAUGGAGUGCUAUUGGGGGCUAUGAUACCUCUUUGUGGUUUGGAUGGGAGGAUUGGGACUUUUGGAUUAGAGCAGAUCAUUAUUUUAAAAAUAAUAAAUUAAUAAUCAGGCACGAUAAUAAUACAAUAAACAAUAAAAUAAUGGUAAAUGGAUUAAAUCCAAUAAUAAUCGAUGAAUAUUUAUUUUAUUAUAGGGUAAAAAAAGAAGGAUUACAUUCAUUUUGUAAAGUUAAUUUCAAACUAUGCUACUCUUUAUUCCAAACACUACAUCCAUAUAUCUUUUCCAUAGAGGAUAUCCUCAUAUCCCACAAAUAUAUUGGUAGAAACGGUGACGUACUCAAAAACUCUCUGGCAACACAAAUUAAGAAAUACCCUAAUAACCCAGUAAACUAUUUUUGGCUAUCAUUAAUAAAACAAUAUGGAAAUAACAAUAAAAAUUACAACAAUAACAAUCCAAAUAAAAAUAUAUAUGAAAUCAAAGAGUUAUAUACAAAAUCAAUUAAUUUAGAAAAAAGUAAUCAAAUCAAUAAUCGUAACAAUCAAUAUGACAUUAUCAACAAUAGUUUAAUGUGGCAAUUCGAAUUGCACAGGUUGCUCAACGAAUUAGAGACCAUCCAUUACAUCCAAGCAAAAAAAGAUCUAUUAUUAUUUUUUAAAAGAUAUAAUAGUUUAAAUUUAAACAAUAAAAUAAACAGAUUAUACCAUUUAAAUAUUUAA